AUGGUUUUGAUCCUUAUCUUGUCGUUGGUCGGCUUUUGGAGUACAGCAUCUUCGCCCAUAUACUUUCCAGCCUUGCCUACUCUAACUGCGUAUUUCCAUACUACACCUUCAGUCAUGAACUUGUCAGUUGUGGCUUACUUGGUUUUCCAAGGGAUUGCACCCACAGUUUCUUCAAACUUGGCCGAUAACUUUGGGAGAAGACCGGUGAUCUUGGCUUGCAUCUUGAUCUUCAUCGCUGCCUGUAUUGCCAUUUCUAGAACAAAUGUCUAUUGGCUCUUGGCAGUGUUGAGAUGUGUACAAGCAGCAGGCAUAGGUCCAGUUAUUGCCAUCAGCUCAGGAGUAGCUGGUGAUGUGUGUACUAGUGCCGAUAGAGGAGGAUUCGUCGGUAUCGUAGCUGGAAUACAAUUGCUUGGAAAUGGUAUGGGUGGAAUGGUAGGAGCAGCUCUUAUAAACCAAUUCAACAGUUGGAGAGCCAUCUUUAUUUUCUUAGCUAUUGGAGCAGGAGCUACUCUAAUCUUUUCAUUUUUCUUUCUUCCAGAAACGUCAAGAAGAAUAGUAGGAAACGGUUCUAUUGUUCCCAAACACUUUAUCUCGAAGUCAGCGCUCAUCUACUUACCCCAUUUCAAGAAAAGAAUAAAUAAUGAUACGACUACUCUUGAACCUCCUACGUCUUUCGACUUCCUUAGUCCCUUCAAGAUCUUUUUCAAAAAGACGGUUUUUCUUACUUUACUUCCUGGAGGAUUACACUUCGCAGCAUGGACAGUAACUUUGACUUGCAUUUCUACUUACUUAGAACAGGAACCUUACAAUUACACCGUCUUGCAAGUUGGUUUUGUAUACCUACCACAAGGUUUAUCCUGUCUUGUGGCUUCUAUUUUAAUUGGACGAACAUUGAACUGGUACUAUCGCUACAGUUUGAAGAAAUACAACGACAAGUACCAGGAUGCAUUAUUGAAGCCUCGAUUCAACAUUUUCCGUGCCAGAAUGACCGUGUGUAUUGUUCCGGCCGUUCUCAUGAUUAUAGGGCUUGUAAUCUUUGGUUGGUGUCUACAUUAUCAUCAGCAUAUUGCCUCUAUAAUUGUAUCCUCCAUUCUUAUUGCAAUGUCGUCGUCGUCCUUUAUUGCUGCGAUGACAACAAUGCUUGUCGACAUGCAUCCCAACAAUGGCAGUGCCUCAACAAGUUGUUUGAAUCUCAUGCGUUGCUUGCAAGCAGCAUUAUUUUCAGGUGUUCUCGAAAACAUGAUAGCUUCCAUGGGAUUGGGAGGCACUUUCACUCUUUUGGCUGGCCUUUGCAUUGUGCUUGACCUUUGUUUGGUCUACGUUGUCAUUUCUGUCUCCAAGAACCUCAGAGAAACUUCUGCGCUCACUACACCAGUUGAAUCUGACAACGAAGUGGACGAGGUACCGGAGCAGAAGUCACUUCAGCCAUAG